GGAGCCCUGCGCAAAUUGUGUGUCGUCUUCUUCUCCCAUCAUUAACGUACGUAAGUUCUUUCCACUCUCCAGUUCGUCAGGUCAGGUGGUGAGUGACGAUGCAUCAGCUCGGGAGCGGCCUCUACGUCUCGGGCCCCCUUCCUCCGUCGCCGCCGCCGCCGCCGCCGCCGCGCGAGCGCCGCCGCCUCUCCGCGGGAUCCUCGUCGCCCUCCUCCUCGCUCGCCCCGUACACCGGCGGCGACGGUCCCCUCUCCGGCGACCUCGCCCGCAUGUUCCCCUCCCCGCAUUCCUCCCCCCAUCUCCGCCCCCCGCCGCCGCCGCCGGCGGCCUCCUCCCCCCGUCUCCCGCAGUCCGGCCUCGUCGUCGGCCCCCCUCGUCCCUCGCCGCCGCCGUCGCCGGAGCCGAGCACCAGGAAUCCGCCGGCCGGGCCGCAGAAGAGCGAGUUCGCGUCGGGGAUUCCGAUCUGGUGCUGCUUUCUGGCGGCUGCCGCCGUCGCCGCCGGAAUCGGGAUCGGGGUGUUCGUCCUCGUGUCGGCGCGGAGGCUGGAGGUGCUGGCGGCGGCUUCGGCGGUGGCCGCGGCGGUCGGGGUGGUAGGGGUCUGGAAUUGGUGGAGCAGAGCGAGGGAGGCGGAGGGGUUCUUUCGCCGCUUCCCGGAUUCGAGCGUCGGUCGGGGUAGCCUCCCGGUUGGCGAGCUUGUUAAAAUCAGCGGGCAAGUCACUUGUGGACAUGUUCCUCUUGUAACGUCCUAUCAGGAUGUCUCUAGGUGCAUAUUUACAUCUAGUGAACUCUAUGAAUACCGAGGAUGGAGCGGCGCGCCUGCUAAUCCCAAUCAUAGGCGUUUCACAUGGGGAUUACGACAUUCAGAGAGAAAUGUGGCGAAUUUCUAUAUAUCUGACCACGGUUCCGGAACAAGGUUUCUCGUGAGGGCAGGAGAUGGUGCCAAAGUUACUCACUUUGUCAAAUCCAAAACUAUAGACAUAAACAAGGGAAAGCGAGAGCUAACUCCCAACUUCAUCAAUUGGUUGGCAGAUAAUAAUCUUUCCAUUGGUGAUCAACUAUUGCGACUAAAAGAAGGGUUCAUCAAAGAAGGGGACACUGCAAGUGUAAUCGGUAUCUUGAGGAGGCAUCACCCAUACGACAUAAUCGAUCCACCUCACGGUAAGGUCUCGACUGGGUGUCAAUGGACGAGAUGCUUGUUUCCGGUGCUUGUCGAGGGCCUCAUCCUCAUAGGAGAUGAAAAUCCCGAAGACGAGGUUGUGUACCUGGCAUGAUGGUGCUGUUGCGGCUUGUCCCUUGAUCUCAGUUUGCUGAUUGAUUGUUUUAUCUACUGUUUUUUGUGUACAUGCAGGGGUAAAAUGGGUUGUACAGGCUAUAGCGUAGCUUUAUAGUUUGUAGAUAUCAAUGUAUAGAUUGUACAUAGUAUAUCAUAGAAUCAUAGAUUAGAUCAUAUAAUCAGAUCCAAAUAGAUGGGAGGAAGCAAUAAAUGAUAGCAGGAUGGAUGCUGAGUUGCUAUUUGGAUUUACUUGCCAAGGAUUGUGGAAUUUUAAACUACACCAACUUGGACUGAUGUAUCAUUUACCUUACUUUUUAUAAUAGCCAUUAAUAAUUUUAUAAUAGCAAA